CAGUGGUGAGAGAGACACCAAGGAGAGCCCAGAGCAGAGGAGGGCAGAAGGCACCAUUCCUUCAGCUGUGGUCCACUCUGCCUCUGAGGGCUGCGUUCUAACCGGAUCCACUGCGAGCAUCAGAAUCGAGAUGAACAUCGAGGUUGGGAACGUUUCUUAUAUGGGAGCCAUCAUUUCCUGGUCGUCCUCGGAGCCCUGCCUGGAGGACUAUUACCAUAUUAUGUACAGGCCCAAUUGGAACAGCAUCUUCUCUGGCUAUCUUCGCUACAGCUUCCACCACGAGGAGAAGGUGCCUCGAACGAUCAGCUCCGUGGUGCUGGAACACCUCACCCCUUCCACUCUCUACUUCCUGUGCAUCAGCUGCAAGAAGAUUCUCUUCCCUUACAGGCACUACUGCACCAUGUUCCACACCCUGGAUAAGAGUCCGCUGGCUGCUGGAAGCUCCCUGGUGGACCCCCAAAUCUCCCUUUGGGUGCUGAUGGCCAUCCUGCUGGCCUGCUUCACGGCCGUCUUAGCCUUCAUCUGCCUCCAGUUCUGGUGCAUCCGCUGCCACGAGCCUCGAUGGUCUUACAGAGCCGGCCACAUGGAGGAAGCCAACGGGCUGGUGAGAUGGCCAGAGGAGGCCCCCGCUCUGGGUCAGGGGGAGGAAGACCUGCAGGGGCUCCCCCUGGUGGAACUGCCGCGCAAGAACUCCGGAGCCGAGGCAGAACCCGAAGCCGCAGCCGCCGACGCCGCCGCCGCCGCCGCCGCCGCCGCCCCCGAAGCCGACCAGGAUGCCCCUGACCUGGAUGCCUUGCAAAGGGAGGGGGGUGACCAUCCCGUGGUAGUGCCUCAUUUCGGGGAGUGAGAGGUCGGGAGGAGGCAGCCCGCGUUACGUAGCUUAAAGCCCUCCAGCCAGUAGGUCUUCUGUAAAAAAAAGCACCCGUAGACUCCCCAUGUGUCUCCCCUCAAACGUCAGUGCCCUUGCGGUCAUCUGGUUGGACAAAUGCCCUUUGACAGAGCUUCUCAAGCACACACCGCCCGGGUGUGCCAAGGGAGGAACAUGGUAUCUUUGAGGAGUGCCCAUUUCGGGGGAGGGGGCUCAGUGAGGAAUUAAAGGCAUUAUUUUAACAUUAAAACAACCAUAAACACAUUAUGGCGUAGAAAGCAGAAGUUGCAUGACUGAAAGAAAAGCCAACACUUCAGGGGAAUUUCUGAGUUGAAGAUGGGCCCUAGCUGAGAAAAAUACCUGGUCUCCUCUGUUGUUGGGGGGGGGGGGGGGUUAUUUUGGAAGGAUGUGAGAAGCCUUGCUCCAGAGUGUUUUCCAACUUUUAGCCAAUCCCACAUCACCUUGUACCCCAUCUCCACUUUUUUUUUAAUCUCAUAGACUACCUUUACUAUCAUUAAGAACACAUUUGCUUUAAAUUAACUCACUUUUUAAACUUAUGUUAAUAGCCAUAUGUUACUCCCCAAACGAAAAACCAACAUCCUCCUGCUAUCAAUAGAAGGGAAGAGACAUAAUAAAUAGAAUAAAGACAAAAUAAUAUUAAAUUUGACUUAGAUACUAUCACCUACUAAAGGCGCUGAGCUUAGGGCCUGCUCUCUUAUCUUGGAUAAAAAAGGGAGAUGAGCAGUCGUUGGAGAGGUAUUAAAGAUAUGUGCACUGAUAUUAAGACUUUCUCCUUGAUAUAAUCAGCAAGGUUUGAAAGAGAAUUGAAAAGGGAGUCACUCUGUGAGCCCCUGUUAAUGAACGCCACGCCUGUGAACUAUCUAAAAUGCUGUCUGUAAGGGUCCCCUGAUUUGAAAGAGUUGCUUUGACUGGACUGGCUGCUCUGAAGAAGACACCUGCACUCUCGCAGCAUCAUUGGAAGACUUCCUAAGGCCCACCCUCAGGCCCGAGGGGUGGGCACUCACCUUGGGUCCUCACACUUCCCAUCGAGGGCUCCCUGCCCUGGAGGAGCACCUCUUCUGACAAUGUGCUAUUUAGCCAGUCAUUCUCUCUUCUAAGUCCAUCUGUGCUUUGUGAAAAUGGGGUCAAGGUGGCCAUCUUUCGUCCAUCACACACAGAAAACCAUUUUGGCUUUUUUGCUGCUGUGGUUGAGAUACUGCACCCUUUCAGCGUCCUUCUCCCACGCAAACCCGCAAGGUAGGAAACAAAUCUAUAUGUGUCAGAGUGUUGGGAGACUCUGUGAACCGUGCUCCCCUGUGCCCACCAUGGGUGUGGAACUGGAGCCCGAGGAGGGCGGAGAUGAGUCUGAUUCAACCUCUGCUAUAUCCCCAGCAUGGACAGUCUGCCCAGCGUCUGGCUGCACUGGGGGCUUAAGGAAUGUCUGCUUAACAAAUGGCAAAGGACAGAAGGUCUAGAAAGGUACCACGUGGAGGCUUAGUUAGUGUCAGGACCUGCACUGGGAACGAGGCAGCAAAGAGACAGGAGAAGACCUGUCUCUCAGCUCUCGCUCUGGCCAUCGGCAACUUCCUUCAAAGCCCCACCUUCCCAACUGCUUCCUGCCUGCAAAUCCCCCAUAGUUACAGAGCACAAAAUCCCAGAACCACAGGACGAUACCACAGUGAACUGACUGAGAACAGGAGGAGAUGGGACGCCAAGACGAGAAGCCCCACACGCCUACUUCCCCGCUCGCCUCCGUGAAGUCCUCCCCAAACGCUCCUGCCCGGAAUCCAGCCCCGCCAGGUCUGCGCUCACCCCCGCCCUUGCUGGUUGUGAACAA